GAAAAAUCAAUGUCUUCUCCCAACCUGUUGUUUGUCACGGUGACUCCGAUCUUUUUCCGCCCUGUCAACGACAACCACUCGUUGCCUGCCAUUGCCUGCUUUGUCUUCUGUCUCUGCUUCCAAUAUCUGCCUGAUACUACUCCAUUUACAACUUUAAUGAACUCUCUCGUUGAUAUCGGCAUGGAACUCCCUCUCGGGCUGGAGUCCCUUUACGAGCAGCUCUCGCAGGCACAGCAGAGUCAGAUAUCGGGAUUACUUCGAGAAGGACUCGCCGAUGAAGCUGAGCUAGAGCAUGAACUGGAUGCUGUACUUUCCUUCGUCCGUGAUUUGCAAGACCUUCUAGGAAGGCGCAAGAACAACAAUUAUGUCCUGGCUUCUUUAAAUUUCUUGUCUCCGAUACGACGCCUCCCUGUUGAGAUAAUGGCCGAAAUUUUCGAGCAAUGUGUCCUCGUUGACUCUGCGAAACUCGACUAUUUUCCCACGAAUUCCCAAUUAAAGUGGCGCCACUUCUCCUGUUGA